AAAGCCAGGCCUGCAUUUGUCCCAGCAUGUGUUUGUCUCACUGAUGCCACUUUAAGAGCUAGUGCAAUGUGUAAAAUCAUGGCUGUUCACAAGCACAUCCUGAGUGCCCUGAGAAACGGGCCGACACGGAGAAACCUCUUUGGUCCUGUGGACAGAGAGCAGCUGCAGGUGGAGUACCAGGCCGCCCUGCAUAAAGACCUGGAGGAGGCCUCCAUCCGCUGGGGCUUUGACUUCAUCCGGGACAAGCCCUUGAACAGCAGUGACUUCAAGUGGGAGGGCAUCCCAGCUACUAAAGUGCCAGUGCUGUACCGCUCAUGUAUGCUGGAACAAGCAGAGGGGGACAGCAUAUUAGCGGCAGUUUCCCACAAGGGAGGAAGGGCGCAGUCGCCUCAGAGUGACAAGGAAAACAUUCCAAACUCCCCAGAGAGAUAUUCACUGGACCUGGAGAAGUUAGAAAGAACACCUGAGCGAGGAGAGUCAACAGGUCUCAAGAGGAAGCAAACUAACAUUACAGAUUUCUUUCAAGCCAAAAGGCGAGUUGUUGGAAAGCCACGCAAGUCUGGAGAGUGAUGCUUUAUCACUGUUUAAUGUGACACUUCCAAAACAAAGAAAACACACUACACUCAAGAACUACAUUGACUCUGCACUGUGGCCCAUACAAGAAAAUGGAGGAGGCUGCAUUUUUUGUAAAUCAUGUACAAUGGAAAGGACCUCUGGCUACAUUUAGCUGUCAUUAGUAUGAGGUUAAUUAGGGUACUGCUUUCUCUCUAAGCGGGGUCUUUUUCCCAGUGGUAAGAAGGGGACAUUUGAGAGCAGAGGAUUAGCAGUAAUCUCUCUGAAUGAGUGGAUUUAUACUCGUUUGGAUCAAGGGUAGGCUAUCAAGAGCUGACUGACAUUUCCUACUGAGUACAGCAUCAAAUAUUGGAUCAUGGAUUGUCCUUCAGAAAAAAAUAUGAAACAACUUUACUGAACACACUUGAAAGCAAAAUUGGGACCAUUUUGCUGCUAAUGUCACAAUGUUGAUACAAGUACUUGAUUUUUUUUUAUACAACAAUGUUCAGUUUUUUGUGUCAUAGGAAGGAUUAUAAUCUACUGUACAGCUUUGCUUUCUUGAUCAGCAGAAGUGCCAUCUUGUUAGGAAUGUCUCUUGUAAUUUAGACCUUUAUCAGUACUCUUUCAACACCCUAACAUGUACUGCAUAGUUUAAUGUUGCCCAAGAGUUAAGCUCCUUUAAACACUAAAAUAUAUUUUAGUUUUUAGAUAGCCAUACAGUUUCACUCACAGAUUUACUAUUUAGACUUAAACAACACUGUAGCAUUUCCAACAUUGCAGAAUUGCACAUACAUACAGGCUGAAGUGCAAAUUAUGUACCCCUGUAACUAAUACUGUAGUGGCUUUUAUAGUUGAAGCCUGAUAUUUGACAAUCAAAACAGUGUUGACAGAAGAAACUAUUAUUUUCUAAGCUACAGUAAAGCCAGUGCUUUAUUCUUUAAGAAGGAAAGUGCAAUUUAGCAAACCUAUCAUUGUCUGCCUCUAAACAAAAAAGCUAUAUUUAUGUCUGCAAAUUCUGAGGGUAGUCUAUCUGGGUGUUGAAUAGGAAAACUUGUAUUUCUUACUUUAUAGAUCAUUCCCCAGUUUAAAGAAAUAACCAUACACAGAAUUGCACUUCUGUUUAUAGACGCAUAUGCACAGGAGCUUAAAGUUUUAUUUUAGGAACAAAUGUUUAUUUAUUGAAUAUACAUAUAUAUAUAUAUAAUUUUAGAUUUAUGGUUGACAGUUGUAAAUUCAAUAAAAUGUUGCCUAAAAAUGU